AUGGCUCUCGUUUGUCUCAUAUUGGACCUUGUUCCGGGAGAUCACUCUAAAGUCCAAUAUGGCGCCUCGUCUUGUACGUGGCUGUCCUCCAGGUCUGGAUAUAUUUAUGCUUUCUUUGUGCCAAUCGGAAUCAGCCUUGUAUUUAAUUUCGUCUGUUUCAUCAUGACGUUAUAUUUCAUCGAGAAAGCGAUGGCGUCAACGGAAGUAACGAUUGGUAAAAAGAGGGAUAAGAAAAGAUGUCUUAUGUACGUCAGACUCUCAUCAGUAAUGGGUUUUACGUGGAUCUUUGGCUUCAUUGCGUCUACGACCAACAUCUCCGUCCUAUGGUACGUGUACAUCAUUUUGAAUGGACUUCAAGGCGUUUUCAUUUUUCUGUCUUUCUGUUUGAAUAGUCGGAAUAAGGAUAUGAUCAAAGCCAAAAUGUCUGAAAGUAGAUUUACGAAUAUCUUUACUGCAAAUACAGAGACUACUAGCGCCAGGUCCAAAACUGACGACGAGGACACGAAACAGGUUACCUCUCGAAAAAUUUGA